AUGUUUAAAUGUGUUAAAAGUUUUGUAACUAAUAACUUUCAAUGUGUAUGUCUUGGUACCUUAUAUUCCAAAAACAUUCCAGUUAAGAGUGGUAUGCCACAAGGAACUGUACAAGGACCUGUAUUGUUUUUAACAUUUACUAACAACAUAGUUUACUGGACUAAUGGAGAUUGUGGCAUGAAGCUGUAUGCAGAUGAUAUUUUGUUGUCUCAAUUGAGGAAUGAUUUCAACAACAUUCAUCUAGUCAUAACGGCAUAUCACCACAAGUCUGGGUAUCAAAAAGCUAAAGACCGUGAAGAUAAAAAGAAACGUGAGGAAGCGGUCAUUUCAAAAACUGUUAAAAUAACUGAGCUUUUUCCUACGAUUAGUGUCAAUGUCAAUAGAGAAGACCCACCAUCGAAUUCACCUUUACCAUGUGUUGGUCAGUGUGGUUUGCCUGGUCAAUUUGGUCAUGAAUUUGAACGUGAUAACAGUGUUGCAGCUGUAUACACUCAAUCUAUCUCUCACUCUGAAUCUGAUGAUAUGGUAGACGCGGAGACACUUUCUCAGAAACCAGAAGCACAAGCUGGUUCCAAAGGUGAUGACAAUUCCUUUUCCACUGACAUUGGGCAAUGGUUUGAAGUGGAAAUCAAUGAUACAUUCUGUAACUUUUGGGUAACUCGUGGCAGUGAAUGUUGUCAACAUUCAAAUGCUGACUUCACUAGUUCAAUGCAAAUUGAUGGAAAACAGAAGCGCUACUGCUCACAGAAUCUCUUUUAUCGUGUUCAUUCUCGCAAUGGUGAGAAAGUCCCAAGGUCAUGGUUGUGUUAUUCACCAGCAACAUCUCGCAUUUACUGCUUUGUAUGUAAAUUAUUUUCUGCUGAUGAUAAUUCAUUCUCAAGGAAUGGUUUUUGUGAUUGGAAAAAUGCAGCUUCACGAAUACAGUCAAAUGAAAACAGCAUUGCACAUAGAAAUGCAACAAUCACAUUCAGCCAAAGAGUACAAGCCAGAGGAUGUGUAGAUUCAGCAAUAGUUGAGCAAUACAGACAGGAAUGUGCAUAUGCAAAAUCUGUGCUAGAAAGAGUUGUCUCAGUUAUCAAAUUCCUUGCUGAAAGAGGGCUCGCAUUUAGAGGACAUACUGAAAUAUUGGGGUCAAGUUCUAAUGGCAAUUUUUUGGGAAUUUUGGAGUUGAUUGCUCAGUUUGAUCCACUCCUCUCCAGUCAUAUUGACAACCAUGGUGGUAAGAGAAAAGGCUCUGUUUCAUACCUGUCAUCAACAAUUUGUGAUGAGUUAAUUGAUGUCAUGGGAAAGCAAGUUAUGAAAACAAUAUUGUCUGAAAUACGUGGAGCAAAAUUUUAUUCGAUUUCUGUUGACUCUACUCCAGACAUAUCUCAUGUUGAUAGGCUGUCAUGUGUCUUUCGAUAUGUUUUGAACGAUGGCCCUAUAGAAAGGUUUGUGCAAUUUUUAAGCAUGAAAGGACAUGGGGCAGAAGAUUUGUUUAACAGUUUAUACAGCUUUCUGGAAGAAGCAAAGUUGGAUAUAAAAUAUUGCCGAGGUCAGUCCUACGAUAAUGCUAGCAAUAUGGCAGUAAAAUAUUCAGGGUUACAGGCACGCAUUCGAGAGAAGAACCCAUUGGCUGAAUAUGUCCCAUGUUUUGCACACUCCCUUAAUUUAGUCGGUGCAUCAGCUGUAAACUGCGUGACAACAGUGAGUGGAUUUUUUGAUUUUGUACAAAACUUGUAUGUCUUUUUAAAUGCAUCAACCCAACGGUGGGAGCUUCUAACCAAAGGAUUGGAUAGUAACCAGUUAGUUCUAAAACGCCUUUCUGAUACUCGAUGGUCAGCACAUUCUGCAGCAACUAAAGCAUUGAGCAAAGGCUUUAAAAAUGUUAAGACAGUGUUAGAGAACAUUGCUGAGGACCCCGAGGAGAAGGUUGAAGCUCGCUCUACAGCUGUAGGAAUUACAAAGAAGAUGGAUCAGUUAGAAUAUGGAAUUUUAUUAGAACUCUGGACACCCAUAUUAGAUUGCUUUCAUAAGACCAGUUUAAAACUGCAAAGUCCACAACUUGAUCUAAAUGAGGCUGUUCAACUGUUAACUUCACUAAAAGAAUAUGUAAAUUCACUUUGA